GUUGCUGGUUUUUUUUACCAGUUAUUAUCAGUCAUGUAACUCAUUAUUCCACAAAUUCUCGAUUAUUGAUGGAUUACACGAAUAUGUAUGGAACAUUAACUUUCUAGUAUAUUUCACCUACAUAACAUUUGCUUGUUGAUGCUUAUUGAAAGAUAUGGGAUGUGGAUCCAGCAAGAGUGUCACAACUAAAAGUGGAACAGGUGAUAUUCCUAAAACUUUUGAACACAAAACUGAUUCAGAAAAUUCACAGACAGUACCAAAAGUCACUGAAAAUGCCAAAAUCAGUAACAAAAUUGCAGAUAAUACUGAAGUUUACAGGGAUACAGAAGAAUUAAAUCAGUGUAAUGCUGUAAAUCGAAAUAAAGAGGAGAAUAGAGAACAAAUACUGGAUUCCAAGCAUAAAGAUGCAGAAGAAUCACUGACUCCUGCUUAUUCUUUUGCUUCUGAUGAUCUUGAAAAUUUAGAAGAUGCUCUUGCUGAUGAAACUGUGUUGAAUGUAUUACAAAACAUCCAAUCAUUGAAUACGAAACCUGCAAAUGUUCAAAUUAAAAGCAAGACAUCAUCUCAAAAGCAUGUGGAAUUCGAUUUGAGUCCACAGCUUGAGAGUCUUUCUGACAAUGAACCAACCAACGUAUCAACACCAAUUCCAAGUGCUCAACCAGUCGAUGGAAAACUGCCAGCUAACAAUUUAAAAAACUCUGAAAUCUUUUUCAAUGCCUUGCAUAAAGCAUGCUCUGUGGCAGAUAACAGUCGAUUGCCAAUAUUAGCAGUACAAAGUGAUUUGCUUAGACUUGAUCGCACAUUUUAUUGCUUCAAAGGUGCCGAUUUACUUAUUGAUAUCACAAGCAAAAUGACUAAUUUAUGCAUUUUAGAUCUGCAUGGUGGACAAUGUGGACCUGUUGCAUUCCGAGCAAUUGUUAAUGCUUUAAUUAAUGACCAUCAUAUCAGGAACCUAAAUUUAUCAGACAAUUUAGCAAACCCAGAAUGUUCUGAGAUGUUGGGGCAGCUUCUUUCAAAAAAUACAACCCUUCAACAUUUGAAUGUGUCUGGAAACUUGCUUGGUAAAGAUGCAUUCUCGAGAUACGUUGGCACUGCAUUACAAGAAAACUCAUCUUUGAAGUCUUUAGAUCUAUCCAGCUGUGGUGCAACAGAUUUACACUGCCUUUGUGAAUCAUUGAGAAAUUCAACCUGUUCAGCAAUGUCCACACUAAUUGCCAGUCAUAAUCAGAUAACUGAUGGUCAUCAAUUUGCAAUUGACCUGUCUUUAAUACUUGAAAAUGCAAAUUGUAAAUUAAAAUUUUUGGAUGUUACUAAUACUAAUAUAUCAAGCUCAGGAAUGAAUGCUAUUGUGGCAUGUCUCAAAAAUAAUCAAACGCUAGAAAAGAUGCUUAUUGGGCAAAAUUCAAUCGCUGAUGUCGUCAGGCUUGGUGAGUUUAUUGUAAAUGCAGCUACUCAUGAUUGUUUGCAAGAAAUUUCAUUGAAUAAAACUAAAAUUGAAGGAGAUUCAUCAGAAAACAUCGAAAUACUUAUGAAUGAUGAAGAAACAAGUACUUUGACCCAUAUUGGUAUUGCGGACUGUGGGCUAACUGAUACUUUUAUCCAAAAACUUGCUUCUUGUCUAGACGGCAAGCUUUCAAAACUCGAAUAUUUGGAUAUAUCUAACAACAAUGACCUCAGCAUUGAUUGUAUUAAACUUUUUGACAAAAUGUGCAAAGGAAGUUUGAAAUCUCUAAAAAUUGCAUUGCUGGAAAAGUUGGAUGGGAUAUCCUCAAUAAUUUCACAAUUUUCCAGCUUAGUCACUAUUGAUUUUACAAGAUCAAGGAUAAGUCCAACAGAGCUCAAUAAUAUUUCAUCAACAUGUCAGCAAACAUUUCAGAGCAUUACUUUAAAUGGUGUCAAGCUGAGUGGAACUCCAGCUCUUAAAUCCGUCAUGACUGCUAACUGCUUUUCAUCUCUCUCCUUCAUAAGCUUAUCUGGGUGUCAACUCAAUGAUGCAGAUUCUCAACCCAUAUAUGAUGCAAUCAAGUCUUCCAAAGUCCCAAUAAAGCAGAUAGACCUUUCUGUGAAUAGAUUAUCAAGUAUAUUCCUUUCCGGACUUACAGAGGCAUUAUUAGUACACGACUCCCAUUCGUUAACAGACCUUAACUUGGCUAACAAUGACAUCGGUGACUCUGGUUUGAUAUGUUUGACAAAAAUUUGGCAAACCUCCUCACAUACAUCCACACUGGAAAACAUUAAUCUGUCUUGCAAUUCCAUAUCUGCGUCGUCUAUUGUCAACUUUUUCAGUAUUUUCAAAGCUCAAAGGUUUAAUCUUAAUAUUCUUGAUUUGAGAAAUCAAAAUGAACCUUUUGGCGAAGAAGAUAUUACAGUUUUAGCUUCGACUCUAGAAGAAGUCUUUUUCAAACAAGGCACUGCUUCACAGAAUGUUCAUUUUACUAUUGCUUUGUGUGGAUUAGGGGGAACAGAUGUGCCCCAGUUUUGCUUGCUUGAUUCUUCAGCCAUACAAACUGAUUUUGGAAAUUUACGCAAAACUGCAAUAACUUUAAAUGAUGUAUUACAAAUUGGUAAGGGACUAAGGAUUCUAAAUGAAGGCGAUUCAAGAAACUCACCAUAUAAUCUCAGUAUAAAAGCAUGGAAUAACAUUAUUGGUUCUGAUGUACCUAAAUGGGCUUCAGUGACAACAGAGCUUGAGAAAUCUGUAUAUAUUAGUCAUACUCCUGGCACGGUGACACAGCAGCGACUGCAAGGAACAUUGGAAAUGGAUGCUGACUGUGAGGUAAAAGACAUAUUCCUGGUAAAAGAUCCAAUUAUGAGAAAACCAACUGGGGCAGCAUGGGUGCUGUUUGAAAAUAAAAUGUCAAUGAAUAAUGCUAUUAAUUGGUAUACAUCAGGAUAUGCGCAGAUGUAUGGGACUCCAUUUUUGAUUAGUGAAAUACCUGUUUGUAUAUCUGAUGAAACAACAAAUGCAGAAUCACUCGCAAAACAGGACAUUGCGGCUCGAGAACUUGAAGAGAAAAAGAAGCAGGAACAAGAUAGGCGUAUGAUGGAGGAGAAUGAACAAUUAGCUGCUGAACGUGCUCAAUACCGUGCUGCCCAUCCAGCUUACCAAGGUGGCAGAAUAUCCUAAAUCUUCAAUAUAUUACUGUUUUUACUAUAUGUACAUAUAUGUAUUCUCCAAGAUGAAUUUUAAUGGCAUACAACUAAGUGGCCUUUUAUUGCUAUAAAUAAACCAACUGUGAUUUAUAGAUCAAUAUUUUUCAUAUUGCUUGGACUUGCCAAAAAUACUGUUUUAUUUAUCUAAAAUUUGAGCUUUUUAAUACAAAUAUUAUAUGU